GUGGAACCAGCCUGUCUCCUGGAAGGCCUAGAAGAAGGAAGAAGCUCUAGGGAACAGUACUUCGGAGGGAGUAUAUGUGGCCUCACUCUCUCUAAAGGCUUUUCAUUUGGAGCUAUGAUCGCAUUGGAGAGUGCAUUGAUUCCCCACCAUCAGGAAACUGCCAGAGGUUCAGAAACCUGGAGAGAUCAGGCAGCUGGAGAUUGUUAGCUGGCCACAAGAAACUGAAGAAAUUGAUGUCUUGCUUCCCUGUGGCUGGACUAAUAUCCUCUCCUCCGCUUCAUGGUGUGCAACGCUCCUGACUUACAAACCUCUAGUCCAAGAGACUCUUAAAACAGAAACUGCUCUCUAAAGGAGCAAAGGCAGACUGCCAAAAUAGGUUCCCCAGGAACUUCCCGGUUUGAGAAGGAGCAAGAAGCUGCAAACUGCCCUCUGUGGGCAGAAAAGCUCAAAACGAGGAGCAUGAUGGAGUCGCGGGUGAAAAAACUUGCCGUGACGCUGAUGGAUGCCACCACUGAUAAGGAUCCAUUAGUCCAAGAACAGAUCUACAAUGCUCUGUGCUACUUGGGAGAGAGCGAGCCUGAGGAGAUCCUAAACUCUUGUGAUGAAUAUCUGCGGCAGCAUGACAAGCUGGCUUACCCCCACCGGAUAAUAAUUCUGAAGGCGAUGGAAGCGGUGCUGAAGAAUAACAUUGAUUAUCUGGACAAAAGCACGGCCAAGAUCGUUAUCUUUCUGGCAUCCAAUGAAAUGACCAAGUCAAAGGAAAUCAUUUAUGACUGGCAGCAGGCAGCAAGCAAUGUCCUGGUUGCUGCAGGGGGGCGUUUUAUCAACAAAGUGAUGGAGGAGGUGCUGACCAAAUUUCAGCCGGGGAUCCUGCCUCAUUAUUUCAUCAUGCAGACUUUCGCAAACCUCUCUGUGUCAAACGUGUUUGGGAUGGUGCCUUUCUUAAAUUCCAUCCUUGGGACCAUGCUGCCAAUGCUGGGAAUGGCCAAACAGGACCACAUGAAGUCUGUGUUUUGCUAUGCUCUGCAGCAUUUCAGUGAGAGCAUCCAGGAAUACCUGGCGAACUUGGAUAAAGCGCCUGACCCCACUGUAAGGAAAGACACCUUCUCCAAUGAGAUCUUCAACGCCUACGAUGUGCUCUUCAACAUCUGGCUGCAGAGCCGGGAGGCCAAGCUGAGACUCGCCGUCGUGAAGGCUCUUGGGCCCAUGAGUCACCUGAUGCCCAGCGAAAAGCUCGAGGAGCAGCUCCCGAGACUGGUGCCGGGAAUUCUCGCUCUCUACAAGAAGCAUGUGGAGGCCUUUUAUGUGACCAAGAGCUUGUGCCAGAUUCUUGAGGCUUCCGUCAACGUUGGCAGCCGCACUCUGGACACGCAGCUUGAUGCCCUUCUGAGCACCCUGCAUCCCCAGAUUUGUGCCCCGGUGGAGUCCUCCGUCCCCCUGAGUUUAAAAAACCACAACGAGGUCCUUCGAUGCUUCACUGUCCUUGCCUGUACGUUUCCUGAUCGCUUGCUUGGCUUCCUACUCCCAAAGCUGGAGAACCACCACGAGAGGAUACGGGUGGGGACGCUGAUCAUCAUGAGGCAAAUUAUCAACUGUGCCCCCUCUCAGAUGGAGAUUAAAAAGCCCUUUAUUCUUUCUUCGAUGAAACUUCCUCUGCAGGACAGCAGUAAUAAGGUGAAACGGGCCGUGGUGCAGGUGAUCAGCGCGAUGGCUCACCAUGGCUAUCUGGAACAGGCGGGCGGGGAAGUCAUGAUCGAGUACAUCGUCCACCAGUGUGCCCUUCCUCCUGACACGCACCCCAGGAAGCAGACGCCGGAAGCUGAUGACCUAACUAGCGACAGCGUCCAGAACAUCAGCAUCAGUACGCUCUUUCUCAUCAGCACCACUGUCGACAGGAUGGACGAGGUUCUCUGGCCGUAUCUCCUGGAGUUCGUGACCCCCGUAGAGUUUACCGGUGCCCUGACUCCCCUCUGCAGGAGCCUAAUGCACCUGGCUACGAAGAGACAAGAGGAGGGAGAGACUACCUUUCUCAUCCACUACGACACACAUGCAAACCUGCCAUCACCGUGUGCUCUAAUGGCGAGGCUGCUGACUGUGUCUUCACAGCCCUAUUUAGGGGAUGGUCGGGGGGCAGCUGCUUUGCGUCUGCUGAAUGUAUUGCACCUUAAUAUCCAUCCCACGCUGGGCAAGCUGUGGAAUAAGAAGAUUCCCCCCUUAGUGGAGCACUUGGAAGCAAACACGGAGAAAUCCCUGUCGUCGAAGGAGUGGGAAGACAAGCUGCUUCUGCUCCUCCGGGAGACGCUGACGGCGAUUUCUGACAACGCCUGGAUUUGUCAGUUCAGCACGGAAAUGUGCAAGCACCUGAACAGCUACAACGGCUUUCCCUCCGAGAAGAACUUCCUGUACAAGUGCAUUGGAACGGCGCUUGGGGUCUGUUCAAACAAGGAAGUGGUGCAAAAGCAGCUUCAAGAGCUGCUAGAAACAGCCAGGUACCAGGAGGAAGCAGAAAGGGAGGGACUUGCCUCCUGCUUUGGGAUCUGUGCAAUAAACCACCUGGACGAAACCCUGGCCAAGCUAGAAGACUUCGUCAAAUCCGACGUCUUCAAAAAAUCAGUGGGACUGUUCAGUAUCUUCAAGGACCGCAGUGAUAACGAAGCGGAGAAGAUAAAGAGCACCCUGAUCCUAUGCUAUGGCUAUGUGGCGAGGUAUGCCCCCAAAGAGCUUGUGCUGUCCAGAAUCGAAGCCGACAUUCUCAGGAACGUCUUCCACUACUUUAACACCAGGGUUCUGGGAAUAAAGGUAGAAACCAAGGAUUUGACGCUGAAGCUGUGUCUCAUUCGGAGCAUUUGCAUGAUCAGCCAGGCCAUUUCGAGCAGCGCGCAGUCCGGCGCCUUCGUCUUCUCCCGCAAAGCCGAGCUCCUAGCUCAGAUGAUGGAGUUUAUCAAAACAGAACCUCUGGAUUUGCUGAGAACUCCUAUUCGCCAGAGAGCCAUGAUCUCCUGCACAUACCUGGUCGUGCUGGAGCCUCCCCUGAGCGAGCCUGAUCACGUCGAACUGAUUGAUACCUGCCUGAGCAGCGUACUGGCCCUUCCUCCGCUGGACGUCCUGAAGGAGAGAGAUGGGCAUGUGCCAGACGCCUUGCAUAAGGAGACACUCUACCACGACACCGUCAGUGCCCUUAAGGACCUGCUGAAGAGCGUGCUGCAGAAGGACCUGACUCCCCGUGGACUGCAGAGCAUGUUUGAGCAUCUAGGCCCAUGGAUCAGGUCGAGCAAAGAGCACGAACGUGAGCGAGCGGUGGAGGUCAGUGCCACGCUGCUGGAGUUCUACCGGGACAAACUGAAUGUCAGUACUGUGGUGCCCUUCUACAACCUCGGGGUGCUGGUUGCACUGUUCUCCCCCCGGUGUUCAGACUCCCUUGCCAGCAUUCGCCUGCAUGCUGUGGACUGCGCCUACUAUCUACUCUACAUACAGCUGUGUUAUGAAGGAUUUGCCCAGGAUUACAGAGAUGAGGUGGUUGAGAGGCUGAAAGACUUGAAGAAAGGCCUGGAGGAUCCUGACUUCACCAUUCUCUUCAAUACCUGCUACAACAUUGCCAUGGUGAUUGGGAAGCGCCUCCCACCAGACCAGCUGAUGAGCCUUCUGCUCAUGAUGUUUGAAGGGCUGGCAGAUCCCGAUCAGAACUGCUCUCGAGCCGCUGCUGUCAUGAUCAACGCCAUCCUGAAGGAGCGUGGAGGGGUGUUGCUGGAAAAGGUGCCGGUGCUCAUGGCUCUGAUUCACAGCAAGCUGCAGGAGGUGGAUGAGGAGCACUUGAGGAAGGCCGCUCAGCAGACGGUUUACAUCCUGGCCUCCCAGCACAGGACGGCGGUGGUGUCCAGCCUGCUGGGCAGCUCCCUGCCCUUUGACAGUCACACCUGUGCCAUGUGGAAGGCGCUGGCCACGGAGCCAACCCUCACGUCGCAGAUCUUGGAGCUGCUCCUGGACAAGGUGAAUCGGGACGUGCCGUACAAAGAGAACAAAUCCUUCCUGUUGGGGAGCACCUCUGAGCGCAUUGCCACUCCCCUCCCUCUUGCUGCCACAUGUGCUCUGCAUGAGAUCAUGUCUGCUCCGGAGUCUGGGGCAGCGGUGCUGGGGCUCUACCCGCACUUGUUUGUGGCUCUCCUGUUGCGAGUCAGCUGCACUGUGGGUGUCCAGCUACCAAAGAACCUGCAGUCCAAGGAGAGGAAGAGCGCCAGCCGGAGCCAAGGGCCCAGAAACCUGGACCCCUGCAGCUGUGCGGUGGAAGCCCUGAGCGCCAUGCUGACCCAAGGGGGCAGUGACGAGGUGGUGAAGUCCGUGGGCAGUGCGGGAGGCUGGGAGCUGAUGAAAAGCCCUGAGAGGCACCACGAUGGCAUUGCUCUGCUUGCAAGAGCGAUGGCUAAACACGCCGGCCCAAAGCUCCCUUUGAUUGCGAAGAAUCUCUUCCCGAUGCUCAACAGCGUGUAUGACAGCCAGAGGAUCACCACCACGGCCUUCGUCGCUGAGCUUCUGAACAGCAGCGUGGUGAGCGACCUGAUCCUGCUGGAGUCCAUGAUGGAUAACAUGACGGGCCGACAGAAGGACCCCUGUACGUUGGUGCGCAUGCUGGCUCUCCGGGGGCUGGGCAACAUCUCCGCUGGGUCGCCGGACAAGGUGAGGAAACACGGGGCCCAGCUCCUGGCUUCCAUGGUCAAUGGUAUGGACGACAAGGAUGAUCCCGACAACCUGGUUGCUCUGGAGGCCAUGUCUAGCCUGUCCAAACUCCUGGACCACGUGGAGGAGAGGGACAUCCGCUCCAUGCUUCUCCAUAUUGCUAUCCGCAUCCGCCCCUUCUUUGACAACGAAAACCACGAACUGCGCGCGUCUUCCAUCGUUCUGUUCGGGAACCUGACCAAGUUCAGCGCUGGGAAUUGCGAAGACGUCUUUUUUGAGCAGAUCCUGAAUGGGCUGGUGACGCUGCUGCUUCACCUCCAGGAUCCAAGGCCAGAGGUCAUCAAAGCCUGUAAAUUUGCCCUGCGAAUGUGUGGCCCCAACAUGGGCUGUGAGGGACUCUGUGACAUGUUCCUGAACCACCUGCACGAAGACCGCAGCCUGCAUUACGGAGAGUUCAUGAACGACGUCUGUAAGCACCUGAUGCAGAACUACCCAGAGAUGCUGAAUCGUUUGAUUUCAACCAACCUCUUCUACUUCAAGAGCAACUGGGUUGACAUUCGAGCAGCAGCGCCCAUGUUUAUUGGCUUCCUCGUUCUGCACGUGGCCGAAGAGCAUUGUAAGCAGGUGGACCUGGACCAGCUCCUUUGCUCUCUCAACGUGCUGCUGAAGGACCCGGCUCCCGUCGUCCGCAUGAAGGUGGCUGAGACUCUGGGCCGCCUGGUCCGGGUUGUGUGAGCGGCAGAUGGGACCUGCGGGCGCCCGGGCUCCGUGACCGCGAUCAGGUCGAUGGAUGUUCCUCCCCCUGGAGAUGCCACGUCUUCCAGUGCCCGGAACCGGUGCCUUGUGCAGCGCCACGCCUGCUGCACCUCACUUCGCUGCCUGGAGCAGGGGCCUCGUGCGGCUUCUCCCCUAUGCAGCCUGGAGGACUCCGCCCUUCCCAGCGGCCACGGGAGGCUCCGCUGUGGCUGCUGGUUCAACCGUCACUGUCCCCGGCUCUCUGACAGCCUUUCCCGCGAUGUGCACUCACCACGGGCACUCCCUGAGCUACCAAACUGGGCAAUAGGACACGGAACUGUUCCGGGGUCAGCCCAACAUGGGAUCCACCCCCGCUGAGCACAGCCCCUCUGGCUUGCCUGGGUCGCUGCCCUGGCACGAGAAGGGCAGGCACCAGCCCCGCUGAGGCCCUGGUGUCAUUGCAUGUUCUAGGGCUGGUCGUCUCACACCAAUCGCUCCUAUGCAGUCACUGGGACAUGUGACUGUUACAGUCUGACUCUGGUUCGCACCGGCCUGGGCGCUGCACAGCCUGGGGUUAGAUGGGGCGCCCUGCCCUGGUGGGGUCCCUGGAUGGCCUCUGAGGACCUCCCCUCCCCUGGAUGUCCUAGGAGGGUGAGGAACCUCGGCCAUCACUGCACAUGCACCUUCCUUCCACUGUUGUUCCGCAAGUGAGCCAGCGAGCUGCCCCCGGAGUCCUUGGCACUGCCCGGUGCUUCUCCCUGGGCCCCCCGCCUGCAGCUGUGUCUGCGGGCAGCGGUGUGCGCUGAGUUCUCUGCUGGCUGAGUGGAGCUGUCCCCUCCACAUGGAACGUGUAUAGAAACCAGACUGUAUGUAUUUUUUAAUAAAGCUGUUUGCUUCUGGUAGA